AUGCCGCCCAUUCCACCGCAGAGACUCCGGGUUCUGAUGCUGCAAGAACACCUUCAAGUGGCAGUGCAUGAGUACGACGUGGUAUUACUUGCCUUGAUACGGGAGAGAGAGAGGCAACAGAGACGCCGACGCAGAAGAUGGUGGGUUCGCCCAUGGAUCGAGAGGAGGAGGCUUUUCGGGCAGUACGAAACGUUGUUCCAAGAGCUAGAGCGUGAAUCGCGGGGGGACUAUGUCGGAUACAUCCGAAUGGACCCCAAUCUCUUCGCCGAGCUCCUGCUCCGAGUGACCCCUCGAAUCACCAAGUGCCCAAGGAGUCGCCGCCCUCUUGAGCCUGGCCUGAAGCUGGCCAUCACCCUUCGCUUCUUGGCGACGGGGAACAGCUACAGGUCCCUUGCCUACGACUUCCGGGUGGCACACAACAGCAUAUCCACGUUCGUGCCGGAGGUCUGCACCGCCAUCUACAAGGAAUAUAAGGAGGAGAUGUUCAACAUGUCCUCCACACAGGACGAGUGGAAAGCCGUCGCUCGCCAGUUUGGAACGCGAUUGAAAUUUCACCACUGUUGUGGGGCGAUCGACGGGAAACAUAUCGCCAUCAAGAAGCCAAAUAAAAGUGGAUCGCUCUAUUACAAUUAUAAGCGCUUCUGUUCUGUGGUGCUCCUGGCCAUCGUGGAUGCUAACUAUUCCUUCUUGUGGUGCAAGGUGGGGGCCAACGGCUCUUCCUCAGACGCAGGCGUGUUCAACGAGUCCACCCUCCGGGGGGCACUGGAGGACAACACUAUUGGAUUCCCAGCACCGGAUCCACUUCCAGGCGACGACCGGGACUUUCCCUACUUCAUUGUAGGCGAUGAUGCUUUUCCCCUACGAAAGUGGCUCUUGAAGCCAUACAGUCGCCGUGCCAUGACCCACAAAGAGAGAGUGAUGAACUAUCGGACCUCUCGGGCACGUCGGGUUGUGGAGAACAGCUUCGGGAUAUUGGCUCACCGGUGGCGGUGCCUACUCACCACCCUGCAGUUGGAGCCUGGCAGGGUGAUUUGCGUUGUGUUGGGCUGCCUCACCCUUCACUAUUGGCUGCGAAUGCGCCGGCCCGGACUACAGGACCUUAAUUUGGACCGCGAGGAUGAGGAUGGCAACGUGGUCCCCGGGGCCUGGAGGGAGGAUGUGCAGAUGACCGAACCCAACCAGAUGGUCGGCCAACGGGCCUCAAGAGAAGGGAAAACCCUGAGAAACUAUCUAGCGGACUAUUACAGUUCCCCACUUGGCCGCCUACCAUGGCAAGAUCGGGUUGUUUGA